CAGCCUCGGCCGCGCGGUGUCAACGCCGGGCUCGGAAGCCUCCAGCGCAGACCUUGCCCAGCGCCCGCAGCCCGCGCGGAGCCGCUGGGCUCCAGCGCUGUAACCGCUACUCGGAAGCUGUGCAUUGUUGUGAGUCGGAGAAGGGGCGCGGGGAUUCCAAAGCCCGAAGACCCCGGACCCCUCUCUAGCCAUGUGGAUACCUACGGAGCACGAGAAAUACGGCGUGGUUAUUGCCAGUUUUCGAGGAACUGUCCCGUAUGGCCUGUCAUUGGAAAUUGGAGAUACAGUUCAGAUCCUGGAGAAGUGUGAUGGCUGGUACAGAGGAUUUGCCUUAAAAAACCCAAAUAUCAAGGGUAUAUUUCCUUCCAGCUACGUUCACUUGAAAAAUGCCUGUGUAAAGAACAAAGGGCAAUUUGAAAUGGUUAUUCCCACUGAAGACUCUGUUAUCACAGAAAUGACAUCAACAUUAAGAGACUGGGGAACCAUGUGGAAACAACUCUAUGUGAGAAAUGAAGGCGAUCUUUUCCACCGGCUGUGGCACAUCAUGAAUGAAAUCCUGGAUCUGCGGCGGCAGGUGCUUGUGGGGCAUCUCACCCACGAUCGGAUGAAGGAUGUGAAGCGCCACAUCACCGCCCGCCUGGACUGGGGCAACGAACAACUGGGACUGGACCUGGUGCCUAGGAAAGAGUACGCGAUGGUGGAUCCAGAGGACAUCAGCAUUACUGAGCUCUACCGAUUGAUGGAGCAUCGACAUCGGAAGAAAGAUACCCCAGUGCAGGCCAGCAGUCACCACCUCUUUGUGCAGAUGAAAAGCCUCAUGUGUUCCAACCUGGGAGAGGAGCUUGAGGUCAUCUUUUCACUCUUUGACAGUAAAGAGAAUCGACCAAUCAGUGAGAGAUUUUUCUUGAGGCUGAAUAGAAAUGGGCUUCCCAAAGCCCCAGAUAAACCAGAACGACAGUGCUCUCUCUUUGUGGAUUUGGGUAGCAGUGAGCUAAGAAGGGACAUCUACAUUACCGUGCACAUCAUCCGAAUCGGUCGGAUGGGGGCAGGAGAAAAAAAGAAUGCCUGUAGUGUUCAGUACCGGCGCCCCUUUGGCUGUGCGGUUCUUAGCAUUGCUGACCUGCUGACAGGAGAGACAAAAGAUGACCUCAUCCUGAAAGUGUACAUGUGUAAUACAGAGAGUGAGUGGUACCAAAUCCACGAGAACAUCAUCAAGAAGUUGAAUGCACGUUAUAAUUUGACUGGCUCCAACGCAGGUUUAGCAGUUUCCCUACAACUCUUGCAUGGAGACAUUGAACAAAUCAGAAGGGAAUACUCAUCAGUAUUUUCUCAUGGAGUAUCCAUCACCCGGAAGUUGGGUUUUUCUAAUAUUAUUAUGCCUGGUGAAAUGCGGAAUGAUUUAUACAUCACUAUAGAAAGGGGAGAAUUUGAGAAAGGAGGAAAGAGUGUGGCCAGAAAUGUGGAAGUUACGAUGUUCGUUGUAGAGAGUAGCAGCCAGACCUUGAAGGAUUUUAUCUCCUUUGGCUCUGGAGAGCCACCAGCUAGCGAGUACCACUCCUUUGUGCUUUAUCAUAACAACAGUCCCAGGUGGUCUGAGCUACUGAAACUUCCUAUCCCUGUGGAUAAAUUCAGGGGAGCGCACAUCCGCUUCGAGUUUCGGCAUUGUUCCACAAAGGAGAAAGGAGAGAAGAAGUUGUUUGGCUUCUCCUUCGUCCCGCUGAUGCAGGAAGAUGGUAGGACUCUUCCAGAUGGCACUCACGAGCUCAUUGUGCAUAAGUGUGAAGAAAACACAAAUCUUCAGGAUACUACCCGCUACCUCAAACUUCCUUUUUCCAAGGGCAUUCUCCUUGGGAAUAAUAAUCAAGCCAUGAAGGCCACAAAGGAGUCUUUUUGGAUAACAUCUUUUCUCUGUUCCACAAAACUCACACAAAAUGGUGAUAUGCUUGAUCUUUUGAAGUGGAGAACCCACCCAGACAAGAUCACAGGCUGUCUCUCUAAAUUAAAAGAAAUUGAUGGCUCAGAGAUAGUAAAGUUUCUGCAAGAUACACUGGAUACCUUGUUUGGAAUUUUAGAUGAAAAUUCCCAAAAAUAUGGGUCUAAAGUGUUUGAUUCUUUGGUUCACAUAAUAAAUUUGCUGCAAGAUAGCAAAUUUCAUCAUUUUAAACCUGUAAUGGACACUUAUAUUGAGAGUCAUUUUGCUGGGGCACUUGCAUACAGAGAUCUCAUCAAAGUGCUCAAGUGGUAUGUGGACAGGAUCACAGAAGCGGAGAGACAAGAGCACAUCCAGGAGGUGUUGAAGGCCCAAGAAUAUAUUUUUAAGUAUAUCGUUCAGUCUCGAAGGCUGUUUUCCCUCGCCACCGGGGGACAGAAUGAGGAGGAAUUUCGCUGCUGCAUUCAGGAGCUCCUCAUGUCAGUCCGUUUUUUUCUUUCACAAGAGAGCAAAGGGUCUGGAGCAUUAUCUCAAUCACAGGCUGUGUUUCUGAGCUCCUUCCCAGCUGUAUACUCGGAGCUGUUGAAGCUCUUUGAUGUCCGAGAAGUGGCCAACUUGGUACAGGACACCCUGGGCAGUCUGCCGACCAUCAUGCACGUGGAUGACGCCCUGCAAGCUGUUAAACUUCAGUGCAUCGGAAAAACCGUGGAAAGCCAGCUGUAUACCAACCCAGAUUCCCGGUACAUUCUCUUACCUGUCGUGUUACAUCACCUCCACAUGCACUUGCAAGAACAGAAGGACCUGAUCAUGUGCGCUCGGAUCCUUAGCAACGUAUUUUGUCUCAUCAAGAAAAAUAGCUCAGAAAAGUCUGUGCUGGAGGAAAUAGACGUGAUAGUGGCCAGCCUGCUGGACAUCCUGCUGAGGACCAUAUUGGAGAUCACCAGUCGACCGCAGCCGUCCGGCUCCACCAUGCGUCUCCAGUUCCAGGAUGUCACGGGGGAGUUUGUUGCUUGUCUCCUGUCCCUGUUACGGCAAAUGACAGAUAGACAUUAUCAACAGCUUCUUGAUAGUUUCAAUACGAAAGAAGAACUAAGGGAUUUCCUGCUGCAGAUAUUUACUGUGUUCCGAAUAUUGAUACGCCCAGAGAUGUUUCCAAAGGACUGGACUGUCAUGCGCUUGGUGGCUAACAACGUUAUUAUUACAACAGUUCUGUACCUGUCAGAUGCACUUCGUAAGAACUUCUUAAAUGAAAACUUUGAUUAUAAGAUCUGGGAUUCCUACUUUUACCUUGCAGUCAUUUUUAUAAACCAGUUGUGUCUGCAGUUAGAGAUGUUUACACCUUCCAAAAAGAAAAAGGUGUUAGAAAAGUAUGGUGACAUGCGGGUAACGAUGGGUUGUGAAAUUUUCAGCAUGUGGCAGAACCUAGGAGAGCACAAGCUUCAUUUCAUCCCUGCCCUGAUUGGCCCCUUCCUGGAAGUGACCUUGAUACCGCAGCCAGAUCUCCGGAAUGUCAUGAUUCCUAUUUUUCACGACAUGAUGCACUGGGAACAGAGGCGGAGUGGCAAUUUUAAACAGGUGGAAGCCAAGCUCAUUGACAAACUGGACAGCCUGAUGUCAGAAGGCAAAGGUGAUGAAACAUACCGUGAGCUCUUCAACAGUAUUCUACUAAAGAAAAUUGAGCGGGAAACAUGGAGGGAGAGUGGUGUUUCAUUAAUCGCCACUGUAACUCGUCUAAUGGAGAGGUUGUUAGAUUACAGGGACUGCAUGAAAAUGGGCGAGGUAGAUGGCAAAAAGAUUGGCUGCACCGUGAGCCUCCUGAACUUCUAUAAGACUGAACUGAACAAGGAAGAGAUGUAUAUACGCUAUAUCCACAAACUCUACGAUCUGCACCUCAAAGCACAGAACUUCACAGAGGCCGCGUAUACUCUCCUGUUAUAUGAUGAGCUGCUGGAGUGGUCUGAUCGGCCCCUCCGGGAGUUCCUGACCUACCCCAUGCAGACAGAAUGGCAACGCAAGGAGCACCUGCACCUCGCCAUCAUCCAGAACUUUGACAGAGGCAAGUGUUGGGAGAAUGGCAUCAUCUUGUGCCGGAAGAUUGCAGAGCAGUACGAAAGUUAUUAUGAUUAUAGAAACCUGAGCAAGAUGAGGAUGAUGGAAGCCUCUUUGUAUGACAAAAUUAUGGACCAGCAACGUCUUGAACCAGAGUUCUUCAGAGUUGGAUUUUAUGGGAAAAAAUUUCCAUUUUUCUUAAGAAAUAAAGAGUUUGUGUGUCGAGGACAUGACUACGAAAGGCUGGAGGCCUUCCAGCAGAGAAUGCUGAACGAGUUCCCCCACGCCAUCGCCAUGCAGCACGCCAACCAGCCCGACGAGACCAUCUUCCAGGCGGAAGCUCAGUAUUUGCAGAUAUACGCCGUGACUCCCAUCCCGGAGAGCCAGGAGGUCCUGCAGAGAGAGGGUGUCCCGGACAACAUCAAAAGUUUCUAUAAAGUGAAUCACAUCUGGAAAUUCCGCUACGACAGACCAUUUCACAAAGGCACUAAAGAUAAAGAGAAUGAAUUCAAGAGUCUCUGGGUGGAGAGAACAUCAUUAUACUUGGUGCAGAGUUUACCCGGAAUUUCCCGCUGGUUUGAAGUGGAGAAGCGUGAAGUGGUAGAAAUGAGUCCUCUUGAAAAUGCAAUUGAAGUAUUGGAAAAUAAGAAUCAGCAGCUGAAGACUCUGAUUAGUCAGUGUCAGACAAGACAGAUGCAGAAUAUUAAUCCCCUGACCAUGUGCCUGAAUGGAGUUAUAGAUGCUGCGGUUAAUGGUGGAGUUUCCAGGUAUCAAGAGGCAUUCUUUGUCAAAGAAUAUAUCUUAAGUCACCCUGAAGAUGGAGAGAAAAUUGCACGGUUAAGAGAGCUGAUGCUUGAGCAGGCACAGAUUUUGGAAUUUGGCUUGGCCGUGCAUGAGAAGUUUGUACCUCAAGAUAUGAGACCGCUUCACAAAAAGCUGGUCGACCAGUUCUUUGUGAUGAAGUCCAGUUUAGGAAUACAGGAAUUCUCUGCUUGUAUACAAGCCAGUCCAGUCCAUUUUCCUAAUGGAAGCCCUCGCGUGUGUAGAAACUCAGCACCUGCUUCUAUGAGCCCAGAUGGUAGCAGGGUAAUUCCUAGACGCAGCCCAUUAAGUUACCCAGCUGUCAACCGAUAUUCUUCCUCCUCACUGUCCUCACAAGCUUCUGCUGAAGUAAGCAAUAUUACAGGGCAAUCAGAAAGCUCUGAUGAAGUCUUUAACAUGCAGCCAAGUCCAUCUACCUCAAGCUUGAGCUCUACUCACUCGGCCUCGCCUAAUGUGACAAGUUCUGCUCCGUCGAGUGCCAGAGCUUCUCCUUUGUUGUCUGACAAACACAAACAUUCCAGAGAAAACGCUUGCCUGUCCCCGAGAGAGCGGCCAUACAGUGCCGUCUACCCGACACCUGUGGAACCUUCUCAGAGGCUGCUGUUUAAUCAUAUUGGAGACGGGGUCUUGCCACGCAGUGACCCAAAUCUUUCUGCGCCUGAGAAAGCUGUGAAUCCCACCCCUAGCAGCUGGAGCCUGGACAGUGGGAAGGAAGCCAAGAACAUGUCGGACAGUGGGAAACUCAUCUCUCCCCCUGUCCCUCCAAGACCCACACAGACUGCUUCACCAGCAAGACACACGGCGUCGGUAUCCCCAUCGCCUGCUGGGCGAUCUCCAUUGAAGGGCUCCGUGCAGUCUUUCACCCCCUCUCCGGUGGAGUAUCACUCCCCAGGACUCAUCUCCAUCUCCAACUCCCCCGUCCUGUCCGGCAGCUACAGCAGUGGGAUUUCGUCCCUCAGCCGGUGUAGCACUUCGGAAAUCUCAGGCUUUGAAAAUCAGGUGAACGAACAGUCGGUGGCGCCGGGGUCGGGGUCAGGCCACAGCGGGGCCGAGGAGCCAGUGCGCAAGGAGAGCAAGACGCCGCCGCCGUACAGCGUGUACGAGCGGACUCUGCGGCGCCCGGUCCCGCUACCUCACAGCCUGGCCAUCCCCGUCACGGCGGAACCGCCCGCCUUGCCCCCCAAGCCUCUGGCGGCGCGAUCGGGACACCUGGAGAACGGGACCAGGAGGACGGACCCCGGCCUGCGGCCCAGACCCCUGCCCCGGAAAGUCUCCCAGUUAUAAGAAGCCCCUUUUCUAUUAUUUCCCUGCGAUGAAUUCUCUGCCGUUUACAAUAAAUAAGAGGUAUGGUGAGAAGACAUUUAGUGUAGGCACUUUAAUA